CUCUUCCACCAUCUCCAGGCUGAAUCAAUUGGUACCAGGAGAGCCCAGAAGCCACACACGCAUCUCUGCCUCUUUGCCCUGGCUCUCCCACCCUCUUCCCGUCUUUCUCUGCUUCCUUGUCACUGUUACUCCAGGAGACGUUUACUUUUCACCAACCUUUCUCCAAGCAUCUCCAAGCCACUGACUAUAUAUAUUUUGCUACAAGAGACCUAGAAGAGGAAAAAAGGCACGAGACUUUUCAACACAUCGCUUAAAAAAAAUCAACAACGAAUUUCUUGAAAUGUUUGAGAACAAUUAAAAGGAAAACGCGUUUUUAAAAAAAUCUAUCAACUAAGUGAACAAUCAUUCAUAUCGUCUACAUCCUGAGAUAUUAUCGUCCCUCGCUGCGGACACCAGCGAGAUGACAGCUGCUUUUUCAUUUUUGAAUGUAAUAAAUAUUUGCUGCUUUUAAUAUUUUCUGGAAUCUCCCCUCGCUAUUCCCUGGCAUUUUAACUCUAAAGAUUGGAGAACAGAUUAUCAAAAAGGCUUUUGCAAGCCUCCAAAAUGAUGCUGAGUCCGGACCAAGCCGCAGAUUCGGACCAUCCCAGCUCCGCGCACUCGGAUCCGGAGUCCCUGGGCGGCACGGACACCAAGGUGCUGGGCAGCGUGUCGGACCUGGAGCCGGUGGAGGAGGCCGAGGGCGACGGCAAGGGCGGCAGCCGGGCCGCGCUCUACCCGCAUCCGCAGCAGCUGAGCCGCGAGGAGAAGCGCCGCCGCCGGCGCGCCACCGCCAAGUACCGCUCGGCCCACGCCACCCGCGAGCGCAUCCGCGUGGAAGCCUUCAACUUGGCCUUCGCCGAGCUCCGCAAAUUGCUGCCCACGCUGCCCCCGGACAAGAAGCUCUCCAAGAUCGAGAUCCUGCGCCUGGCCAUCUGCUACAUCUCCUAUCUCAACCAUGUCCUGGACGUGUAGGGCGGGGUGCGCCGCAGGGGGCCGCCUGUCCCGGUGUCCGCGAAACGCGACGGAUCCGGGUGGCCGCCGCUGGGGUGGCGGAGGCUGCGGUGGUCCAGCGAGACGGCCACCUCGAGAGACUCGGGCCGGGGAAGAAGCUCGCUACCUGUUCUCUCUGGUCAGCAGGGCAACAAGAGAAGGUUUCCGAUGCAGGCAGGUGGGGUUGUCUGGCGAGCCCGGGGGCUCGCAGGGGGGAUUUUUCAGGCCAGGAGAACCUCGUGGAGACACUCGAGAUGAGCCACCUCUGGGGCUCCCCAAGGGUUGUUGCUUUAACCCACUGGAGACUUUGAGUUCUCCUACGUUCAUCCGCCACAAAUCUUAAUGUGUUGAAAGAAUGAGGGCAGAAGUUCAGAGUAUGCAGGCUCAUAACUUUAGGCUAUCUGGAAUUUUUCUAAUGGACAAAUGACCAAACACUGGGGAGGAGGAGAGAGGAGGGAUCUCGCCCGUAGAGAUGGAAGGCACAGAAAGGUGCGACAGGAAACUUUCCUUUCUGUUGUGAAAAUAAAGAUUAUAUUAGAAUCCAAAUAAACCCUGAGUAUUUAGUAAGGUUAAAAAGACAAAUUGAGAACAAUUAGACACACUGUGUGAGGAUUUGAGCUUGGUGAGAUUUUAUCUCCAAGAUAUGACACCAAGGUAGACAGGAAAAUCCAUAUUUAAAUGGAAAAAUUUAAUAUCUGAUUGCUUUUGCAGGCGAAGUGCCCCUUUAUAUAUCCAAAAACAUCUAUUUGUGACCUUAAACAUGUGGACCCAUAGGUGCAGUUAGAAAAAGACAACCUAUUUUUAUUUAUGUUAGAAGGAGUAGAGUAUUUUUUUCAAGACAUUUAUUUUUCAGAGUGGUGAUACUUUUACUUUGGAUACUCUGUGCCAAUUUAUUUAUAGUCAAGUGUUUACACUUUUUCCUGUGGAAUAAUUAUGUCUAACUUUUUACGUGUUUGUUGAGAUUAUACUGUGGUCUUUCUUUCUGCUCUAAUUAUAUUGCACUUAUAUAACAAAUUUCCCACUUCUCCCUGUUUCUAAACAUAUUUUAUAUAUUAAGAUGUUUGUUCUUGAAAGGUUCUUUUGUUGUGAGAUCAGCAACACGAGCACUUCACUAUUAUAGUUUUUUAAAAAGUGUGUUAUUCUUAUCUGUAGUUAUGUCUGAGAAGUCCUUUACAAGCUGUUUAUAAGGAGAGUAGCUUCUUUGUGUGUGUGAUGUUUGUGCGUGUGAUGAAUUUAGGAAAUUAAGUUAUUUUCCUAAGAAAAAAAAGAAAAAGAGAAUUCAGAACUACUUUCCUCUGUGACACCAAAAAGAAAAGUCUAUAACCUGAAAAUGUUUCAUGUUCUCUGCUGUGAAACUCUUAAAACAAGGAGUGUAUUUUAGAGACAAGGGAAAAAAAACCACAUCUGCUAUCCAAAGAUUUUAGUCUUUUUCAGGGUUUUUUUGUGUCUCUGUUGCUUUAUAUAAUGCAAUAUUUUGUAGUGAAAAUAGAUAUAAUCUGGUUUCUAUCUGACGAGUUUUUCAUAUCUCAUGAAUGGUGCGCUGUUUUGCAUAUAAAUAAAGGUAUCAACUAAA